AUGUCUGGGGAACUGAAGAAGGAGAUGUUUACUGCCGAAGACAUGUAUCAGAUCACUGUUGAAGAGAACAAAAGCAAUGCAUCUCCCAGCACGCCAAAGGCUUUAGUUGUUGAAGACUAUGAUUGGAGCGAAGAGAUCACUGAAGCUAAGGAACAAGUCAGCAAAGCCCUGAUGGCCAAAAUCUCAAGUGAGUCAUCUGCAAGGAAGUUUGAGAAGCAGACAACUGGAAUCCCAACUGGAAACAAUGAUGCUGACAAGGGAUUGAAAGGUAUUCUGCCUUCAGUGAAGUCUGGUGAUCAAACUGAAAAGGAUGCUGAGAAAGGAAAGGAUAAAGCUCAAGCUACAGCCAUGAAAGCAGAUGCAUCAAAAGAGAAGGCUGACAAAGACUUGAUUCCAUUGAGUGUAAAGAAGAUGUGUGCGAUGAUGAUGGAGACUGCGGAGGGUCAAAAAUAGGAAUUGGUUAUUCAGGCGACAGUUAUUCCACCGUUAACUGGUUCGUCUGGAAUUGUUCUAAAAACAAUGUUAAGGAUGAAUGUAAUAGUUUAAGUAGGAUGGAUGACUGUAAUGGCCAAGUGCCUAAAACUAAAUCUGUGGAUGACUGUAAAGGCCAUGUGCCUACAUUUGAGACCCGUGAUCAUGAACCUUAUGUG